GCCAUGAGGAGCCGCAGCAACUCGGGGGUGCGCCUGGACGGCUACGCCCGCCUGGUCCAGCGGACCAUCCUCUGCCACCAGAACCCAGUGACGGGGCUGCUUUCGGCUGGGGCGGACCAUAAGGAUGCCUGGGUCCGGGACAACAUCUACAGCAUCCUGGCCGUGUGGGGGCUGGGAAUGGCGUAUCGGAAGAACGCGGACCGGGAUGAGGAUAAAGCCAAAGCCUACGAGCUCGAGCAGAAUGUUGUGAAGCUGAUGCGGGGACUCUUGCAGUGCAUGAUGAGACAGGUAGAUAAGGUAGAGAAGUUCAAACGCACUCAGAGUACCAAAGACUGCCUCCAUGCCAAGUAUAACUCUGCAACUUGUGCCACGGUGGUUGGGGAUGACCAGUGGGGGCAUCUACAAGUGGAUGCAACUUCCCUCUACCUGCUCUUCUUGGCACAGAUGACUGCAUCAGGGCUACGUAUUAUCUUCACCCUUGAUGAAGUUACCUUUAUCCAGAAUCUUGUUUUUUACAUAGAGGCUGCCUACAAAGUUGCUGAUUAUGGAAUUUGGGAACGUGGUGAUAAGACAAACCAAGGAAUCCCUGAACUGAAUGCAAGCUCCGUAGGGAUGGCCAAAGCUGCUUUGGAAGCAAUUGAUGAACUAGAUCUUUUUGGAGCUCAUGGAGGACACAAAUCAGUGAUUCAUGUUCUUCCUGAUGAAGUGGAACACUGUCAGUCUAUUCUGUACUCCAUGUUGCCAAGGGCAUCCACGUCAAAGGAGAUAGAUGCUGGCCUUCUGUCUAUUAUUUCUUACCCAGCUUUUGCAGUGGAGGAUGUAAACCUUGUUAAUGUUACCAAGAGUGAAAUCAUAUCCAAAUUGCAGGGCCGUUAUGGCUGCUGUCGCUUUCUCCGAGAUGGUUACAAGACACCCAGAGAGGAUCCAAGCAGGCUGCACUAUGAUCCUGCUGAGCUCAAGCUCUUUGAGAAUAUUGAAUGUGAGUGGCCAGUAUUCUGGACAUACUUCCUAAUUGAUGGAAUAUUUAAUGAGGACAAAAUUCAGGUACAAGAGUACAGAGAGGCUCUGGAAGGAAUACUUAUUAGAGAGAAGAAUGGAUUAGUGCUAAUGCCUGAGCUGUAUGCAGUCCCUCCAGAAAAGGUGGAUGAGGAGUAUGAAAAUCCUCACUCAGUGGAUCGUGUCCCAGUGGGAAAGUUGCCACAUCUUUGGGGCCAGUCAUUGUAUGUCCUGAGCUGCCUGUUAGCAGAGGGAUUUCUUGCUGCAGGUGAAAUCGAUCCCUUAAACAGGAGAUUUUCCACUGGAUUUAAACCUGAUGUUGUGGUACAAGUAACUGUUUUGGCAGAAUCUAAUCAAAUUAAGAAUCUCUUGCAAAACCGUGGAAUCAAUGUUCAGAGUAUUGCUGAUAUCCAUCCACUCAGAGUGCAGCCAGCUCGCAUCCUCAGCAACCUCUACACCAUGCUGGGCCGGAACAAGAGCAUGAAAUUAAGUGGCCGACCACACCGACACAUCGGAGUGUUGGGCACCUCCAAGCUCUACGUGAUAAGAAAUCAAAUAUUUGCUUUUACCCCUCAGUUUACUGACCAGCACCACUUCUAUCUGGCUCUAGACAAUCAGAUGAUUGUGGAGAUGCUCAAGACAGAGCUGGCUUACCUCACUUCUUGCUGGAGGAUGACAGGAAGACCAACCUUGACAUUUCCCAUCACCCACACCAUGCUUGUUGAUGAUGGUACUGACAUUCAUCCAGCAGUUCUUGCCACAAUAAGAAAAUUAGAAGAUGGUUAUUUUGGAGGUGCAAGGGUGAAGAUAGGCAAGCUAUCAGAAUUUCUUACCACCUCUUUUCACACAUAUCUGAGCUUCCUAGAUCCAGACUGUGACCUGAAACUGUUUGAUGACCGUAAUGACGACUGUCAUAGUCCUGACAGUGAAUAUGGAGACUACCCAGCAGAUUUCUGUGAAAAAGAUAGCCAGGAUGAGCUGGAUCAGUAUAUAAAUGAUGUCCUGCAGAGCACAGCACUGAAGUCAUACCUGCCUCCAACUUCAAACAAAAUGAGUCAACCACCUGUGUUCAGUGCAAACCAUUCCACAGAAGAGAUACUGUCAAUAAUGGCCAAGACAAAGGGCUUAGAAGUUCCAGCCGUGUCUAUGUCUCUUCCCACUAAAGUUCUGAACACACACCGAAAGUCUCUGAAUCUUGUUGAUAAUCCUCGUUUCUUUGAGACAAAGGACUGUGAAAAUGUUUUGCACUUACCUAAAGAUGCUCAUGGUGAUUUGGAUUGCAGGAAGCUCGUUGAUCAACUGAAGGAAUGUCCAACACUUCAUGAUCAAGCAGAUAUCUUGUAUAUUUUGCAUAUACUCAAAGGUGCUGACUGGGACACAGAGCUGGAUGGACAGUAUGGUGUCACUGUUCACUGCCUCCUCAAUGAGCUCUACAGAAAGGCAGGCCUCAAUCAGGAAUGGGGCUUAAUCCGUUACAUUUCUGGCAUACUCAAAAAGAGAGUUGAAGUCCUGGCUGAGGCAUGUACAGACCUUCUGUCACACCACAAGCAACUUACAGUGGGCCUGCCACCAGAACCCCGUGAGAAAAUCAUUACCACCCCACUGCCACCUGAGGAGCUCACUGAUCUCAUUUAUGAAGCCAGUGGGCAAGACAUCAGUAUUGCAGUCCUGACACAGGUAUGCAGCCUGGGCAGAAAGGCUUCUUGGACUGUGCCCAGUGCUGUGCCAGUGUUUGCUGUGAGACUGGGAAAGCCAAGAAGACCCACUCUGACAGGUGCCUUUAUGGAUUUGUCCUUACAGGAGAUAAUCAUGUACUUGGCGAUGUACGUGCGGUCACAGCCCAGUCUUUUUGUGGAGAUGCUCAGGCUCCGCAUUGGUCUGAUAAUCCAGGUCAUGGCCACUGAGCUGGCACGAAGUCUGAAAUGCUCAGGUGAAGAAGCUUCAGAGAGCUUGAUGAAUCUAAGCCCCUUUGAUAUGAAAAGUCUCCUACAUCAUAUUCUCAGUGGGAAAGAGUUUGGAGUGGAAAGAAGCUUGCGACCUGUAGAUUCUUCUUCAUCCAGCCCUGCAAUUUCUAUUCAUGAGAUGGGGCAUUCUGGAGCAACCAAAACAGAAAGAAGUGGUAUUACUAAAUUGAAGAGUGAGAUGAAGCAGAGGAGCAGUACUCCAUCCUCUCCCACCAGUAUUUCUCCAACUGGCUCCAGCGGAGACAUGAGCUGGGGUGACAGAAAAGGGCAGUGGCUGCGCAGAAGGAGGCUUGAUGGUGCUAUUAACAGAGUUCCUGUUGGCUUUUAUGAGAAAGUGUGGAAAAUCCUUCAGAAGUGCCAUGGUCUGUCCAUUGAUGGGUAUGUCCUUCCUUCUUCAACUACCAGAGAGAUGACCCCGUGCGAAAUCAAGUUUGCAGUGCACGUGGAGUCGGUGCUGAACCACGUCCCCCAGCCCGAGUACAGGCAGCUCCUGGUGGAAGCUAUUCUUGUCCUGACGUUCCUCUCUGACAUCGAGGUGAACAGCAUCGGGGGCAUCAUCCACGUGGACAGAAUCGUGCACAUGGCCAAUGACCUGUUUCUGCAGGAGCUGAAAUCAUUUGGAGCUACUGGUAGUAUCCUGGAGAAAGACACAGCCACAGGAAUUUGCCACUAUUUUUAUGACAGUGCUCCCAGCGGAGCCUAUGGCACCAUGACUUACCUAACAAAAGCCAUAAUUAUUUAUUUACACGAUUUCCUGCCCAGCACAGGCUGUGCAAUGCAGUGACACCUCACACAGGAGGGAAGGCUCAGAGGCUCUUCCUUCCCAGUUUGCUGUCACGAACCCCUUGGUUGGUUGCUGCCUGUGUGUGUGCCAUGCACUCCCUCAGCAUUUGGCACUGCUGGGGAUGCUCUGUGCACACCUCUGCUGGGGACAGGGAGCUAGAAUUUGGCCUGGUUUUAGGAGAGUGUGUGAGAAAUAACAAAUAAUGAGGCUUAUUCUGCCCAAAGUGCAUAAAUGUAAUUUAUAUUAAAUUAGCAAGAAUUACACAAUUCUGCCAAGGGCAAAACAGAUUACUUUGUGGAGAUCAAAAGGCAUAAUAAAAUGAGGGAGCUGCAUCGCAAGCACAGAGUCUCACAAAUAAGGGAAGUGAUGGAAUUCAUUAAUUUUUCUCCUGCUGUGUGUAAAUGUACAUCAUUGUGAAUCACUAAUGCACAGUGUGAAACAUCCAGGGAAAUGUAAAUUAGAGGAGUAAGAAGAACUUGAAAUAACGUGGUGAUAUUUCUAGUACACUUUUAUCCUGAUUCUCUUCUCAUUUGCACCUAGUUAGUGCAGGGCUAAUGCCAGCAUGGACAAACAUCCUACAAUAUCCACUCAUUUAAGAGGAUAGCCUCUGUCAGGAAGCCACAUCUGUCUGUAAUCUCAAUAGUUUAGUUCCCUGCAUCCCCAAGACUUUGGAGGCAAAAUCUCAAGACUCCAGCUUCUCCAGUGUGAGAGACAGUUUUAUGCCUGUAUUCCUUUCCUCUGAAUGGAACAAGAUAAACCUCUUCCACUCGAGCACCCUCUCCAAGUCUCCUGAUCAUUUCCCUCCCAAACAGCCUCAGAGUUAAGAAUGGCAUAAUUGUGGCUUUUCCAGUGUAGCAUGAGUUUAUGGAAGGCUUUGAUGUUUCUCUUUGUUUUUUUCUUUUUCUCUUUUUCUUUUUUCUUUUUCCAUUUUUUCUUUUUAUUCUUUCUAGUUUGAAGUCACAGUGGUCUCAUGUAAUUAGGGGCUGGGCUUCCUGGAAGUCUCCCUGCAGACACUUCCCAGGUUCAUGCUGUCAGUUGGAAGCUCUGAGAUGCUGCAGGUGCUUCCAUGCAUCCUGCAUGGACAUGACUCCGUUGCCAUUUAAACUCAAAACAGAGGUAGGCAGCCUCUGGAGAGGAAAACUCUGCCUUACCCCAGGCACUGGCUGUGGUUUUCCUUGUGCCUGUGCUGCUGGCUUUGCCACCAGCCACAUGUCAGCAUCUGGCUAACAGCUUAGGAAAGUGGCAGUAGCUUCAGCAUCCCAUUGCCACAGACAGGUUCCCUCAGCAGCGCUGAUGCCAUGUGAGCAGAAAGGAUCAGAGCAAUUCUGUCUUCCCUGUGGAGGGGAAAAGAGCAGAUAGGCCUGUGAAAAUAAGUGCUUUCUGAGCUAUAUAAGCCUGAUAAGCUGUUUCUGUGAGUCUCCCCUCCACUCUUUCAAAACAAAACUGUGCCAUUUAUUUAGGAUUUAAUUUCUUUUUUUUUUUUAACAGUAAUGUGUGCUGCUUUUGAGAGUGAGGUUUGUGUUUCCAGUAGAAGUAAUGUCCUGUCUCACUUGCCAGCCCUCAUGGUCCCAGAAGGUCUGAGCUCCAAAGGCCAUGACACCCUCCGUGCUGUCCCUCUACACAGUCACUGCUGCUGCAGUAGUAUCUGGGAACUGGCUCAAGAGAGUGUAGGUAUAGGAGGCCUUAGUGUGAGGUGAUUUAAUGUUGUUUUCAGAGACCAGAGGAGUUUGGUAGUCCAGAGCCCUGUGUUAACCACCAUGGGAACCGUGGGCCUGUGCAGGAGCCAGUAUAAAGUGACAGUUCAGGUACAAUUAGCACUUGGGUGUGGAAAUUAUUUUAUUGAUGUGGUGCCUGUUUUGUGUUUGCCUUUGUUAUUGUUUGGUUUGGGUUUUUCAACUUUUCAUACAUAUUGUGAGAGCUCACUUGGCUUGUUUCCCAGUAAAAGGAAAUGAAAUCUUUUUCCUAGCUUAAGCAGAUGUGAAAGUGCAGGGCAUAAGCACAAAAAGAGCAAGGUGAUGUUUUUUAUUCUACCUAGUAUCACACAAAAAGUAGUAGCAGCUAUUUUUGCUUUUCUUCUUGAAUCCUAGAUUGAGAGGGAUACAAGAUGACUUUUUGCUAGGACUUGUAAUUUUUUUUUUUUACCUAGUGUGUGGAUUUUUUUCAGAAACAAGAAGUCUGAUGUUGGUUUUCCAUGAAGCUGCAUUAAAGUCUAAAGCAAUUAAAUUUAUGGCCUAGCAUACCUGGGCACCCGUUAACAGUUCUUUGUUUUUAAAUGGGAGUGUCAUUGGUAUCUUUAAUAUCAAAUUCAUAAUAUGACCUAGGUUAUGGUAUAUUCAUGAUGAUCACAAUGAAUUACUUUCCAAUUGCCUGCAUUCCACGUGGUAUUUAUGUGGUAAUUUGAAGAGUUUAGGUAUCUGGUGGUGCAGGGUGGUACUCAAACACAAGGUUAGUGGAAGGCAAACUUACAUUACUUGCAGACACAUUAAAAGCAUUGAUGUCCCUCAGCUGCUGGUCCCACAAGUAACUGAAAACUGAACGGAUAGAGUAAAAAGUUUGUCUGGCUUCUCUCCUGCUAACUGUAGUCUCCUUUCUAAGGGAAAGAGUCCUGCUUGUUCCUGGAAGGUGCAGGUGAGCCACACAGUCCUUAGCUGCCCUGCAAAGGAGAAGCCACUUUCUAUGGGGUAAUGAAACACCUGGCCUGCCCCAUGUGGGCAUGGGACACUGGGAAUGUGUCACCCCUCUGGCAGUAGCCAGGGCCUUGAAUGAAGCAGGAGCUUGAGUCAGUCCAAGUCCAACCUUGGGUACUUUUUGGAGUGGUCAGGUAGGAGCAGAAUUGCCCAGAAAGCAGGAGAGAGAUGCUACCAGUGGUGGCAUAUGUAGGGUGAGAGCUUGGCUCUCGUGUGCAGGCUGAUUCAGGCGCUGUUUAAAGGACCACUCACAUCUGGAAUAUUAAGUAGCUGCUGCAUAGAAUCCCAACUGAAAAAGGGGGUUGAGGAUGGCGGUUAUAGAAGAAGAGCUUCAGCUCGAACAGUUUGGAUUUAAGUACAAGCAGCAGGGCUUUUUCCCACUCCCAGUUUCAGUCUCAAGUGGCAUUUAUUCCCAGUGUUAGAUGUUUCACGGUAAGUCCCCCUGUCACCCCCCUUCUGUCAGGGGUCUCUUUGUGCCACCAGCAGCUGACGGGACAGCGCUGUCUGUUUUGGCUCAAAGAUUCAGCUCCUCCCACACCUCAGUCAUACAUCCCCAAAAGGCUCUCACUGCUUGCCGAGUGAGGCUGUGCUGCGACUGUACUUUGGCAUCCCCUCUCAGGAAGUGAUCCCUUGAGGCCAGUCCCCUUCAUGCCAGGUUCAGGAGUGUGUCCUUAGUGGGGGACAUCCACACUGGAGGCUGCCAGCCAUCCUUCAGAACUCUUCUAUCAUUGUACAGCCUGGCUCUGUCCUCUUUACUGGGGCAGGUGGCAAAGGGGGACUCCAGUGCUGCAGUCUCCAGUUCCACCUUGUCACUUCACACCCACCACAUGGAUGCCAACAGGGGGAAGCAAGAUCCCACCACACAGUAGUGCUUGGCCAUUGUAAGUGGAGCCUUUUUGUCACUCCACUGGAAUAAGGUGGGACUGAUCAUCACAGUGCAUAUAUCAGAAUAACUGCAUGCUAUAAAUACACAUUAUGUAUUACCAAUGUCAUUAAAGUUUUACUGUAAAUUCUGUUUGUCCUAUUAAAAACUUUUCUUUCUCCUCCCCCAAGGCAGUAGAAA